GCAGAAGUCAAACGGAAAGAAGCAACAGAGACCUGGACGGAACCUGUAUGCAGCUGGGCAAAGCUGAACUUUGAGGCAUGUUUCGUAGACGAUAGGAGUUCUGGUGAACAUGCAUGGAAAAUUCAUGGUGUCAGCCUGGGGAAAUAUACAGUUCUGCUCUGGUGGUGAAUCAGCCGAGGCGAUCACUGGCCUCCAUGUCUUGCAAAUUAAUCUGCAAUUGAGAGUGACUGCGAUGCCCUCGUAUCUGAACUAAAUUCCCAGGGCAUCAGCAAAUCAGCUGUUUAGGGCACGGUGAAAGAGACCAAGAACCAGUUGAUUGCUGGGCCGGCCUGAUCACCUCCAACUCCAACUGAUUAGCUAAUCCCCUGCCUCGCACCUCAUGAACGAUGCAAUCUCAUAACAGGACAAGACUUCCAAUCCGAUUCCGAUGCAAUCUCAUAACAGGGCAAAGACUUCCAAUCCGAUGCAAUCUCCUGCACCGGCACAACUAGGAACCAUGUCAAAAGAAAAACACAACUGGCCAGAAUCCCGAGCAGAUAAAAGGGAUGCGGCCGGGUGCGCACAGCAAGAUCUCAGACAAAAGGCAUGGCGAACCAUCGCAAGCAGCGGGACGACCACGACCUGACGCGGCUGCUGCUCGACGACGUGCUCGCGGAAGUCCUCCGCCGUCUCGAGCCACGCUCGCUCGCCGCGUCCCGUUGCGUGUGCAAGGCCUGGCAAGCCGUCAUCGACACGCGUCACCUCCUGCGCGCAGACAUGCUCCCGCUCUCGCUGGACGGCAUCAUCAUCGAAUUCGGGAUGCAAGUUUACUCGGAAUUCUUCUCCCGCCCCCCGACGCCGACGUGCCCCUCGAUCAGCGGCACCUUCGAACACCUGCUCACCACCGAAGCCUGGGGCAAGACCACCGAUCACUGCAAUGGACUUCUCUUGCUAUCAGCGUACCGGCGCCAUGACGGAAAAAAGGUGUACCGGCGCUCCAGCGAAUACGUGGCCAACCCCGCCAAAGGAUGGGCGGCGCCAUUGCCCCCAUGCCCAUCUCCGUGCUUCGCGACGCCGGGAGACUACUAUAACAGGUACCUCGUGUUUGAUCCCACCGUGUCUGCGCACUAUGAGGUGUUCUCGGUCCCCCAUCUUUUUACAAGGAAGAUAGAAGUACCAGAGAAACCAGAAUGGCCACCGUCUACACUUAUCAUGCGUGUCUUCUCGUCAGUGUCACAAAGAUGGGAGGAGAGAUCUUUUAGUCGAGAAGGGGAGCCAGCCAGGCUCACUACUGUUGUUCAAUUUUGCAAGGAGGAGAAACGCUACGCCGUCAAUUGGCGGGGAUCACUUUUUGUACAUUGCGAAAAGGACUUUGUUAUGAGAAUAUCAUCGUCAAACAAUAAGUUCCAAGUAAUUGAACCACCAGUAGGUCUUGGAGGGGAUCUCAGUCUAGGGUAUAAUUCACAACUUUAUCUAGGAAGAUCAGAAAAUGGGGUAUACUUUGCUUCACUUGUUGACCGAUGGCUUCGCGUUUGGGUCCUUGACGAAUCAUCUGGUCAUAUGAACUGGGUGUCAAAGCAUGACAAGAACCUUGAGCCCGUGCUACCCCGCCGUACCAAUGACAACGAGGAAUCGUUGUCUAGACACAAGUUUAAAUGGAACUCUACACUAGCUGACGAGAAAUUUGAGUGGAAUUCUGACGGUGAUGAUGCCCUCGAAGACAAAGAUAUGACCAAAGUAUGUGGUCCGGGAUAUUUGGAUAUACUUGGAUUUCAUCCAUACAAGGAGAUAGUUUUCUUAAGUGAGUCGAUGCAGAUCGGUUUGGCCUAUCAUUUGAAUACCUCGAAGUUCCAAGUCUUGGGAAAUCUAUAUCCAACAAGAUAUCAUGAUUCUGUCGACUUGCCUUACGAAAUGGAAAUCAUUGCCUCUUUUCCGUACACACCUUGUUUGAUCGAGAUGUGCCCAAGAAAUAGUUAA